AUGUUGUGCGACCCAAAAAGGCUCUCCCUCGUAUCUUACAUCUUUGAAUAUGCUUUCCUCUACGACAAUGUCCUCGAAUCAGUAUCAAAAGCGCUGCUCGACGCCGGCACCGAUCAUCUUGUGCUGGAUGAGAUAGAUUAUCGCACUGUGCGAUCGGUGACCGGUACAAAGCAAAUCCAGUCCAAAAUCCUAUUGGAGCUUUUGUCAAUUGACAAGCCUUGUGCCGAGGUAGUCAUCGAUGCGUGGAAAGUGAUGGUCGGCACAACCGCUGCGUGCGACAAGUCCUGCAUUUUCUAUGGACUCGACGACUUUGUGGAAUAUCGAAUCAUUGAUACGGAGGAACUGGUUGCGCCCAUCGCGCGACCUUGCUUCGCGGCCCUCGGGUUGGCCAACGACUACUUUUCUCUCGAUAUUGAAUGGGAAGAAUUUCAAAAAACUCAGAAGAGCCAAAACAAAUGCUACAAUGACGAAUCUCAUGUGGCUUUAUACCCACUUUUCACACCCAACUCGGCCAAAUACCUGAAGGCAUUGGCAUUCCAGAUGCCAGGAAAUGUUGCUUGGAGUCUACGCUGCCCUCGCUAUCACCCUGAACGUUGCUCGGAGGCAGAAGGUCUGCUUCAUCCUGAACGACCAAGCCAAGAGAACUAUAUGGACAAGGAUAUCCGUUCCGAUAAUGUAUCCGACACGAAGAAGUUGAGAGUCCCUAGCAUGGCCCGCUCAAAUUCUGAGUCCGGCGACUCGUGUUCAUCCUCCGAAGACCCGUCGAAUUCGACACCUUCCAGCAGGACCUCUGUCCACUCCGAAGAGGAUAUCGAAAGCUCUCCAGGGCCUAAAGGUCAAGUGGAGCUAGGUGACAAGAUUCUCAUCGCACCCUUCGAGUACAACAGCUCUCUCCCCUCGAAAGGAGUUCGCGAGGCCCUGAUUGACGCGCUAAACGUCUGGCUUACGCUUCCAGACUCCACAGUCAAGACUAUCAAGCUGAUUGCACAAAAACUGCACAGCUCUUCGUUGAUGCUGGAUGAUAUCGAGGGCUAUUUCGAUCUUCGACGGGGCAAUCCCGCAAGUCACACCAUAUUUGGCUCGUCGUCCACAAUCAACUGUGCGAACUUUUUGCUCAUCGAUGUGUUGAAUGACGUUCAUAAAUUGGGUGAUCCCAAUUGCAUGGCGAUUGUCCUUGAGGAAUUGAAGAAUUUGUUUAUUGGUCAAAGUUUUGAUUUGUAUUGGACUCGACAGGGAGAGUGCCCGUCGGAAGACGAGUACAUGGAAAUGGUUAACCAGAAGACUGGAGGCCUGUUCAGAUUGCUUGGUCGCCUCAUGUGCGAAUGUGCGCAAUCUCUGCACAAGAAAACUAUUCCGCUCGAUCUAAUGCUUCCUCUUGGUCAAUAUUUCCAAAUACGAGAUGAUUACAAGAAUUUGAUAGAUGAUGUGUAUACGAGUGAAAAGGGCCUUGCCGAAGAUCUCGACGAGGGCAAAUUUUCUUUCCCAAUUAUUGCUGCCAUGAACACCGAUACCCCCAACCUUGUUCUUCAGGGGAUCCUGAGAGAGAGCAGGAAUGCGAACUCUUUGUCUGUCCCGCAUAAGAAAAUCGUUCUGGAUAAAUUGCACAAGGAAGGAAGUAUGAAGCACACCGUGCAAACAUUGAAGUGGUUAGAGGCCGAUAUACAAAAAGAGCUUAAACACGUGGAAAAGGAGUCCGGGUGCGAGAAUUGGGUGAUGAGGCUGCUUAUCCAGAAGCUUGUUGUGUAA